AUGUCGGAUUCUGAGUCUUCUGAUUCCUCUCCAAUCGUUCAACGUCGUCGACCGUUCUCGAUUCGAUCGAUUUCUCGAACACCGAAGACGGGUGACGCAGUCAAGAUGUCGGAAGAACGAGAAGUGUCACCAAAAGAUUUGAUCGUUGAAAAAGAUUAUGGACAAGAAGACAUUGAUAUUCCGAAAAAUGAGGAGCACGAGGAAGAUAAGGAAGAGCCAAGACCAAUUACUCCAGCUGAGGAUCUCUCUCAUUUUGUCAAGGAACCAAGUCCACCAAUCAGCCUUGCCGCCACUGAUUUGGACUCGAAUAACGGUGAAGAGCCAAAGUUGAUCCCAUUGGCAACUCGCCAGAGCCUUGAUUCGGAUCCUGGAGAUUUCGAGAAGGUCGACAAGGAGGAAGCUGCCAAGUUGGCUGAGCCUUCUCCAGCUGUUGCUGGAAUCGCCGCUGCGAUCCCAAUUAUCUCGGUAUCCGUUUUCCUGGAUGCCCAAGUUGAGGAAGAUCACAAUGCUCCAACUGCCGCCGUGGAACCAGAGCAAGAGCCAUCGUUCGUUCCGCCACCUCCAGCUCGCCAGGCACCGUCUUCCAAGGCCACGAUUGUCGAAGAGUCGAAGCAAGUUCCAGAAGACCGUGAAUCGAGUGAUUUUGCCACGUGGAUCCAUAACAAUCCAGAUAUCGUCAGAAAUGUUGCCACUGCGGCUGCAGUUGCCGGAGUCGCUGGGCUCGGAUACUACGUCUACGUUAAGAAAUUCAAGUAA